AUGAUUGCAAUAGAAUCUGAACAGCCGUUGACAAAAGAGGAGCGAGUGCCUAAAGUUGAACCGACGACCUCGCAGAGAACCCUUACACGGUCAAGUGCCGUGAGCCAAAAAUCUGUGGAUUUAGUCGUACAUCCGGAGAGCUCGAACAACCCUCUACAUAGAUCAAAAUUAGCUCCAACUAGGUCCUCAUCGGAGUCAUCGUCAGGAAAAAAGAUGCUUAAUUUGAGAAAAACCAAGAAUUCUUCAAUAGAAUCAACCAUGAGCUUACCGAAUCAGAAAUCUUUGGAGAAGAAGCAUGGUAGUCUUCGACACCAAAAAUCUAUUGGGGCUCAUUCAGAUAUAACUUUAAGCACACAGCCUUCAAUGUCAGACGACAGGAAAGCUCUACGGGAAGCCUUGUAUCAGGGUAUAUUUCAUAGACACAGGAGAACGAUUUUCGCAGUGGGAUCUUUUCUUAGAAUGCUUAGAAGCAAAACGUCCAAUUACGAUUCGAUUAGAUCUGAUUCGGACGAAAUUUAGCAGUCCUAAGUUAGGAUAGUGAUUGUUAAUGUAGGUAGUGAUACCACAGACUGCAAAUGUGCUUUUUAAAAGUUAUAAUAAUACAAUGUUAUUAGAUUUAGUAAUUUGUAAUAAGAUUCUUGUUUUAUAUUAAAAUGUUCCUAAUUAGAUUUGAUGAGGUUUUUAUUGUUACAAACCCUGCUUGAAACCCCAAUAUUUCAGUAUAUCAAAUUAUAUUAACAUGAAAGUAAUGUAUACAAAAUAUUAUAAAUAAAAGUGUGCCAAAACACUGAUUAAUCUCAUCAAGCUUAAUUGGUCAAAAAUGCUUGAGCAUAAAAACUUUUGUGUAGCAAUGUAAGUCACAUUAAGUGCUGUUUGGUUUCUAUUACUAAAUCGCGUGACAAUAUACAAGGACGUAUUAUGUUCAAGCCGAGAUGGCCCAGUGGUAAGAACGCGUGAAUCUUAACCGAUGAUCGUGGGUUCAAACCCGGGCUAGCACCACUGCAUUUUCAUGUGCUUAAUUUGUGAUUAUAAUUCAUCUUGUGCUUUACGGUGAAGGAAAACAUCGUGAGGAAACCUGCAUGUGUCUAAUUUCACUGAAAUUCUGCCACAUGUGUAUUCCGCCAACCCGCAUUGGAGCAGCGUGGUGGAAUAAGCUCCAAACCUUCUCCUCAAAAAGUGGAGAGGAGGCCUUUAGCCCAGCAGUGGGACAAUCACAGGCUGUUACGGAUAUUAUGUUCCUGAUUACCUUGACUCUAUAAUCAAAAAAUUCAUUCGACAUGUUUGGAUUUUUUCGACUUAACUUAAACAGUUUAUAGUCGUAUUCAAUUAUUCCGAAGUUUCUUACGCUACUUAUAUUACUUAAUGACGUUAUUAACAUAAUACAAGUAAAAGAUACUUUUUUAGGGAAUAAAUUUUAAUUUUAUGUUUUGCCUUUUGCAAGAGUGAUGCUAUAAUAAUAACGAAUAUAGAGCUUAAAAUGUACGUAGUUUAAAUUAUAUACUACAUUGCAAUAAAUUUAUUUAAUUUUUAUGUAAAGCAACACUAAAUUUUAAUGAAAAUAUUCUCUUAGAAGUUUACUCAAAUUUUAAGAGUAUUUAUUUUUAUUUAGUGUUGCUUUAUGUAAAAAUUAAAAGAUUUCGAGUAGAUUAAAAGUUAUUUUGCAAUGAUCGUGAUUUACAUUAUGAUAUCGAAUAGUGUAUGAAAAAAAUGAGAUUGUUGAACACAUUUUUGGAACAUUUUAUGCACUUUUAUAUAUUUGUACAUCUGAUGUUUUGUAUACCAUGCUGUUAUUAAUAAUAAAAUUAAAUAUAUAAUAUAUGUAUAAUAUAUAUAAACGCGGAACCAUAUUGCUUAAGUAUUUUGUCAUUUAAAAUACAUACAAUUUAUCUUUAAAAAAAAAGUUCGUCCAUUAUUUAUUUACAAAUAUGCGGCAGUCAUUGUAUUAUAAAACUAUUUUAUUCUUUGAUAAAAUGUUGCCGGCUUUCCUACCUGUCGCUGGUGUUUCAUUAUUAUAUAUUUUUUAUAACAGAAAAAACAAAUUAACUUUUUUUUAAUUGUAUUGUCGAGAUAUUUUUCCAUUCAGCCAAUUUGAAUAUAUUAUGUAUUAAUAUACAAGUUAUAUAUAUAAAUGUAUAUAAAUUACAUAAACGAGCUUCGUUUUUUUAUUGAAUUAAAUAGCUUUUUACCGAACGUAGAUAUAGGGAGUAGUGUUUAUUAUUUUUAAUUAAGCAAUGUUUAAUUUUUAAAUUGUAUUUCCAUUUAUAUACGUAAUUAAGCCUGCUGUACACUGUUAAUAUUUUUAUUAGUGUGAAUCUAAUGUCCAUUGUGAAUAUUAUGAAUACUAUACAUAACUUUAUAGAUGUGUUCAAUUAAAUAUUGUAUUCAUUCCAAAAUUGCUAAUUUUACUUCGAAUAUUGUAUUAACUUUACGCAUAAAUUAUGUAUUUUAUGAUUAAAUAGAGAAAAAAAGUAUUUUUAUUAAAUGCAAUUAAAAUGUUUUGAAGUAUGAAGUACACAUGAUACUUUUUUUUCUGAUCUGUACUUUCAAUGGACAUUAGAACUUAGAUGCAUCAUUGUGUUAAAUAAGGAACCAAAAAUAUAAAUAAGUUAUUUAAGCGGUAAGUGAUUUUUUGUAGGGUUUAUAAUGUACUCGAUUUAUUUGAAACAUUCCUAUAAAUAAUAAAUUUAAUAAAAAAAUAACACUGUCCGAAAAGAAUUUAGAAAAAAUAUAUAAGACUGCAUAAUUUAAAAAUAGCAGAUUAUAAAAAAAAAUCAUGUAAGAAGGUUUCAGUUUGACAACUUACCGGCGUAAUUAAAAUUGUUUUUAUUA